AUGCUCGAUUCAUAUCAUUCCGCCAGGUCUGAGCUGGUGGUGCGGCCAGCUCGUGACGAGGAGAUCUUUUUUGAUAUCCUCACGGGAACCCAGGCCUUUGCCGCUAAGGAGCGCGCCGCCCAUGCAAGGGAGACGGCUGAGAAGCGCCACGUGGAUGAAACUGGAGAGGAUGCUUUGCCAGAUUCAGGCCCAGCCUUUGCCAUGGAGAAUGCAGAGCAGGAUGAUGCUGUCGAUGAUCUCUUGGGGGAUCUGCUGGCCGUUGAAGAGACUUUCGAGGUGGGCCCUGCCUCAGCAUUUGGCAGCUCUGUGCCACAGGCAGCAGGCCUCGGGCCACAACUUUGCUUGGAUGAGUCUGGCAACAUCGUGUUGAACCAGUCCAGCCUUUCGCAGAAUGUCAACGCGCAAGGACCUUUCGAGGAGGCCUCUGCCACAGUGCAAGAGGCUGUAAGUCAGUACGCAGGUGCUUUCAAGAAAACGCCCAGCUGCAAGUGGACCUCGAGUGAGACCGAGCUCUUCUACGAGGCACUCUCCUUGUAUGGCACAGACCUCUUUCUAGUGCAGACCUUCUUCCGGAACAAGAGUGCUGGCCAGAUCAAGACGAAAUACCAGAAGGAGAUGAAGAGGAAUCCACAUUUAGUGGAGGAGGCCUUGACGGUGAACGCCAAGCGCCUCACAAAGGAGACCUUUGAGCGCCUGCAUGGGAAGAUUGACACCUCGAAGCACUACAAGCCGCCGCCAUCUCCACAACCAGGUGACGAGCCUGAACCAGAUCCUGCCAUGCCGGAGGAGGAGGAUGACAUGGCCGACUUGGGCGGAAUGCCACCCCCAGAGCCAGAGUAUUGUGCAGAGGACGAGAGCUUAACCACCAAUCGCUUGAUGGCGCUGUUCGACUGA